CUUGGAAUUCAUGAUGAUUCUCAGAAUUGGUACAAGUUAGCCGAAUUUCUUCAUUAUUAUUUCACAAAAUCCACCGAUGAACUUAUCUCUCUAAAAGAUUAUAUUACACAUAUGCGAGGAAAACAAAAGGAUAUUUACUACAUUAUAGCAGAAAAUCGUCAAGCUGUUAAGAAUUCGCCAUUUCUUGAGAAACUUGUAUGCAUCACAAAAGAAGGGCUUGAGAUUGAUGAAGAUGAGGAAGAGAAGAAAAUGCGUGAAGAAGAAAUUAAGAAAUAUAGUUAUUUGUGCAAGCAAAUUAAAGAAAUUCUUGGGCAAUAUGGUUGGUCUGCCAACUUUAAACGUAUCAUGAAAGCUCAGGCAUUACUUGAUUCUAGUAUGGCAUCAUAUAUAUCAUCUAAAAAGAUUUUGGAAAUUAAUCUACACCAUUCAAUCAUUAAAUCACUUAAAAUUAAAGUUGAGACUGAUAAGAAUGACAAGAUUGCUAAAGACCUUACAUGGCUUCUUUUUGAAACAUCACUUGUAUAUUCUGGUUUUAGUUUGGAAGAACCUUCUUUAUUAGCCAGCAGAAUUUUCAAGAUGAUUCAAUUAGGCCUUGAUAAUUAA